GCCUUUGUCAUGCACGUCGUCGUAAUGGAUGCGUAUGAGAGCUUGACACGGGCGCCGGUUGGGGAUAUCAAUUCCCAACACUCACUCUCAUCUUGUCUUUUUUUUUUCUCACUGCCCUAAUGUUCCCCUCGCCACCGGGGCCAGUCUCAUCGUCGCCGCACCGCUGCCACUGAAGCUCCAACUGGACCCCUGUAGCAGCCCCUUUCUCGGCGCACGCGUCUCGCCCCAGCCGAGCCUCGGCCCGCCAUUCCCACGCGCACGCACCCACCCGACAGGAUAGUUGUGCGAGAAUCUGGGGAUAUCGACAAGCCCACACAUUCACAGGAGCGCCAACAAACAACCUUCUUUGCAAAUAAACGACAGCAGCCAGUCAUGACUACCUCCAAGCCCGAAAUAUCGUCGCUGCCCACGGGCCAGCCGGUCCCGUCUUCGACGCCGCCGGUGCCCGCGCCCAAGGGCUCGCCCGUCCCCAUCACCGCCCUCCUGGCCGCCGCGCCCGCCGAUCUGGACGCCUUCCUCGCCCACCUCCACAGGUGCCUGCAGACGCCCUCGGGCGUAGACUGCGUCCUCCAGUUCGUCUGCUACGGCUCGCGCCUCUCGGCCGCUAUCCUGACUGCGCUGUCCCAAAACGCGCUCCGCCGCUCUUCCCGUGAGCUCGUCGCCCUCGCCUUCGCCCUCCCUCCCCGCACUGCCGUCCUCUUCGCAUCGGCCGGCCCGACCGUCCCGGCGACGGCUGCCUCGGCCCGGGCGCUGCUCGUCGCCCAGCGCCUCAAGGCGCUCUCGGGCCUCCUGAGCGAGGCCCGCGUCAUAAGCCGCCUCUGGGGCCUGCUCGGCAUGUACUUCUGGGCCCGCCGCCUGAUCGUCGGCCUCAUCAGCGCCCGCCGCCGCCCCAAGACCUCCGAGGCCGACAAGGACGCUGCCGCCGACGCCCCGCCUGCACCCUCGGCCGCCGUCGCCGCGCUGGGCUGGGUCCAGCUGGCGUCGUGCAUCAUAUUCCAGGCGCUCGAGAACGGCGCCUACCUGUCGUCCAAGGGCGUCAUGUCGUGGGAGCCGGCCAGGCAGGGCAGCGCCAUGCGCUGGAGCUCGCGCUUCUGGGGCCUUUUUGUCGGCAUCGAGCUCGGCAAGCUCGCCGCCGAGGCCACCCGGGACGGCGCCCGCGCCCGCGCUCCGGACUGGAGGAAAAACGUGGCCCGCUACCUGGCCUGGUCCCCGCUCAUCGCCCACUGGGGCUCCGAGAAGGGUUUCAUCGGCGAGAUGGGCGUCGGCCUGCUAGCCUGCGUGCCCAGCAUCAUCCAGAUGAACGACCUUUGGAAAUCCACGGCAGCGACUGCAUAGUUGGCGCCAUCCGUUGCUUGUCUACUAGCCUUGUUUCUUUUUUCUUCGUCCCCACUUGACUAGGUUUUCUGCCGCACGGAGCCUCGUCAUCCACCCAGAACAGUUUGAUUUCGCAACUCAUAGAGAAGGGGCGGCAGCAAAUCCCACAUAUGAUUCUUCAGCUUCUUUAAACUAACUUUACGAAUCUAUUACCCCAUUUCUUCCUCGGGCGGGAAGUUUCUUGUUCAGCUCAUUUCCUGCCAUCCCGACUUUUCUUCGCUGAUCCCUUUCGUCGUCGUGUCUCUGGGGAACCGCUUGAUUUUUGGCCCGUUCUUUUUGUUGGCACUGUGCGCGACAUUUGAGUCUCAGAAAUACAUUAAACAGAAUGGAGGCUGUCUCCAGGCACAUCUGCAACCGCUCCAAGGCAGGCUGCAGGAAAGCCGUGUUAUCUCCUGGCCCCCAUUAUUGGUGGCGCAGGCGCCGGAACCGAUUUGGUUCCGUGCGGAUCGCGCUCUUGGUGCCUAAUAGGGUUUCCCUGGUCCCCCAUCUGGGGAACCUCACAAUCCGCCCUUCUCAGGGCACGACCCCCUCUAUGACGAGCAGGCCGACGGCAGACGCCCAUGCAAGGACCGCCAUCGGGUUGAUGAGUAGCGCGUGUUGCGCCCCGGCCACCACGACGGGAUCGAAUGGGCUUCCGCCACCUCUUUGGCCACCCUGGCCUGGCGUCUGUGGAAGAGCUGUCGCCGUCUCCUGUGGCCUCCGUGUGCUGGUUGUUGCGGGAGUCCCUGUCGGUAGAGGCGUCACGGGGGUCCCGUUCUCUGAAGACCCGCUUGACGAUAGCGGCGGCGGUAUGACUGGCGUCACCGGUAUCGGUGUGAGACUCGGUGAACCUCUCGACGUCGUUACAGACGUCGCCACAGAAGUCGUUAUAAAAGUGGACGACAGUGGUGGUUGUGAUGGUGGCGGUAUCCUGCGCGUUGAUGUGGUGGCAGGAGGUGGUGGUAAUAUCGACGUCGACGGCGGCAGCACCAACCUCGUCGUGAUGCUGGUCGUCUGCGGCGGCUGCAGGCCCCGGCCGCACAGCGUGUCGACGAGCGAGCCCUGCAGGGCGGCGCGCAGGACCGAUCCGGCGGGCACCGACGCGCCGUCGCACACGAUCUGGAGCGUCGUCUGCAUCAGACCCAGCGAGCGCACGCACCUCGAGCCGCACCCGCUCCCGGCCGUGAAGUCGGACUGCGAGCACCCCGCGAGGGGGCUCCUGUUGUAGGCCAUGAUGCAACCCAGCGGCACGUUGGUGGACGCAAUGGACUGGAAGUCGGAGAGCGUCAGGGCCGAGACCGACGAGGCCAUGAGGAGGACGGCUUGGGCGAGCAGGGUCGACGGCCUGAUUGAGCAAGUGCUUUUUGGCACCAUUUUUUCUUUUUUUUUUUGGUAGCGUGCGUAGCUCGCAAUAGUGGCCGACAGCGGGGAACAGCUGCGUGGUCCGCCCACGUCUCCUCAACGGCUAUCGUCCGUCUCCUCCUCCUAGCCCUAGUGCUUUUCGUUGUUUGUCCUUGCUCGUCGUGGUUGUAUGUCGAUCUGUCACUUGCUUUUUUCCUCGACUCCCUCGUUCGUUCUCCGUGGUCCCUUGCUAGCUCGCGGGUCGACAGAUGGUGUAGAAUGUACUUUCUUUUUCGUUUCUCUGUGGCAAUGUUGAUAAUUCCAAAAAGCGGCUUUGAUCAGUUCGUGUGGGGUCGUUGGGAGCCUAGACCUUGGGAUCGGGCGUGGUGAUGAUCAAAG